AUGGCCUCCACCACCUCGCCGACGGCCGGCCUCCACCAGGCACAACAACGUGACAUGGCCUCAUACUCUAAUCUUCCCUUUUCUCUCUCCCUUCCUCUGUUCCCUCCUCUUACCCUUGAUGACCCGCGAAACCACGAGAAAGUUGUUCAGAAGUCUGCAGCUCAUUUUCUAAACCUCCUGCACUACACUCCUGCACAGCUGCCCAUAUCCUCCCCAAGUCCUUUCGGAGUCUUCCCUACCCGGCCCUUCCUAUGUACCCCCACCCCAUCCCGGGCCAUCCCAAGUCCUCUCCCUCGCAAUCCAUCCCAAGUCCACAUACCCCAGCAUAUCCCAGCCCGUCUCAAGUCCACAUACCCUAGCAUAUCCUAUUCCAUCCCAAGAUCACAUAUCCCAGCAUAUCCCACCCCAUCCCGAGUCCACAUACCCCAGCCCUUCCCAAGUCCUCAUACCUCAGCAUACCCCACCCCAUCCCGAGUCCACAUACCCCAGCCCUUCCCAAGUCCUCAUACCUCAGCAUACCCCAGCCCAUCUCAAGUCCACAUACCCCAUCAUAUCCUAAAGUCCCCUUCCACCUCAUCCUAUCCUAACCCAUCCCAAGAUCCCCCUCCAUCCCUGUCUAUUCGAUGUCCCAGCGACCCUCCUCUCCAACCCACCCCAGCUUAUCCCAGGCUCGCCCACCUCAGCCCACAGAUCUUCCCACAUAUCCCACCCCAAGUCACCUCACCCCAAGGGAUCGCCCAGUCACCUCACCCCAAGGGAACCCCAAGUCACCUCACCCCAAAUAUAUACACCCCAGCCCAUCCAAAGCUCCUCCACCUCAACCCAUACCAAGUACCACCAACCCCAAGGAUACCCUAG